UAAUCUGGUACUCCCAAGUCCCAUCAAUCUGAGAUUUCGAUCUUACUGUAAACUUCAUCACUCAAAAAGAUUCCCUCGAUAACAUCAAUCAUGCAUGAAAUAUAUUUAAUUUAAAAAAAACCAGAUAUUCAGAGACGCGCGCUUAAAUCUCAGAUCUAGAAUUCAAAUUCCCUCUGUUUCACAAAUUCAAAAAUCAAAUUCUAUAUUUUCUCUCUCUCUCCUAGGGUUUUCAAGUCUCAAAUCUAAUUUUCAAAUACCGUAAAACCGCGCCACACACUUUAAAAACACCUCUCCUCCUCCUCUUUUUAUAUGUUUCAACGGCCACUGUCAUUUUUCACUCUCUCUCAUCCUUUUUCCCUCCUAAAAGAAAUUAGGGUAAUCCGUGGUUCGAUCUUUCCAUAGAGCUUAAAAUCUGAUUCAAGGGGUUUGUCCUCAUCAUCGCAGAAUUUGUUUCCUUGUUUGAAGAUGUAUUUUGCAGUGUCUGAGAAGAAAGAAGAGAUUCAGAUGGAGGGUUUACAUGACCAGAUCCCUUCCUUAUCAUCGCUGCUAUAUCACGACUCGAAACAUCAUUCUUACAGUAGAAAGCAGAAGUCUCUUGGAUUAUUAUGCACCAACUUUUUAGGGUUAUAUAAUCGGCCUGAAGUUCGAUUUAUUGGAUUAGAUGAUGCAGCGAAUCGAUUAGGUGUGGAGAGACGGCGGAUUUAUGAUAUUGUUAAUGUGUUAGAAAGUAUUGGGGUUUUAACUAGAAAAGCUAAGAAUCAGUAUGCUUGGAUUGGGUUUGCUGGAAUUCCUAAAGCUCUAGAAGAAUUAAAGGAAGAAGCUUCAAAGGAGACCAGCUUGAAUGUAUUUGAAUCGAAGAAAUUCGUCAAAUCUCAGGUUUCUGAAUCUGAGCAAGACGAGAAUAUUUCCAAUGCAACAAUGUCCAACUCAACUACUUCAAUUAAACAAGACAAUACAUGCCCUAGUUUGCCUGGUUCUUCACCUUCCAAACCUGAUGGUAGUUCUGCUGGUUCUGCCGAUAAUAGAAGGGAGAAAUCGUUAGGACUUCUCACACAGAAUUUUGUCAAGCUCUUUAUUUGCCGAGAUAAUGAUUUAGUUUCCUUGGAUGAAGCUGCAAAGAUUUUGCUCGGUGACAUUCAUAACUCAUCACAUCUGCAAAAUAAUUCUGCAGCAAAAGUGAGGCGACUAUAUGACAUUGCCAAUGUGUUGUCAUCUAUGAAUCUGAUUGAGAAGACCCAUCAUGCAGAGAGUAGGAAACCUGCAUUCAGGUGGUUGGGCUUGAGCGGCAAAAUUCCUAAUGAAUCUCUUGCAUCUCUUGACACGAAGAAAAGAGUGUUUGGUACUGAGAUUACCAAUCUCGAUGUUAAGAGGGCUAAGAUGGUUUCAAUGGCCGAUAGAAAACAAUAUGAAAAUACUAGUGUACAAGUGAAAUGUGAGGCUUUGACAGAUCCUUUACAUCAAGAUCAGCAGGCUAAGCAAAGCUCUAAGAGUGUUGUCUUUGGUCCUUUCAGCCCAGCUGGUCUUCCGAAAGUGGAUCCUGAAAAGAAAAGCUUAAGAAGUGUUCAGGACUGGGAGAACCUUGCGGCUUCGUAUCGUCCAAGAUAUCAUAACCAAGCUUUGAGCGAUCUCUUUGCUCAUUACAUGGAGGCUUGGAAGACGUGGUAUGUAGAAAUCGCAGGGACCCAUCCAUUACAACAAUUUUCAUGAGUCUAUUUCUCUCUUCCCGGCCUUCCUCUCUAAAUAACCAUAGUACAGAGUGUACAAGAAUGAAUUCGAUUUUUCUCUUUUAACAUUAGGUUUAUCUUAUUUUCUUCUGCUCAUUUUUAUCAACAAGCAAGUGAUGGCCUUGCAUUGUGUGUAUGCUCUCUAUGCGUCACCUACAUUGGCUGUCCUAUGUUUCAUUAACCAUGAAAUUAUCAAUGAUCAUUGCUGAGUUUCCGAAGUUUCCAAA